GGGCAGGUGUGGCAAAAACAACUGCCUAACAGUUACAGGACCUGUUUCACUUUAGAUAAACCAUCUUCACACAGUUUUUUCUCAACCACACAGAAGCAGCAACAGUUUGUUAAAUAUCCCAUGUUUUGGAAAGGCCUGAACGAAUCAUUUACCUGAAGAAUCUCUUUCUCUAAUGUCUGCAAAUUUGUGACUGGUCUGGGCCUUGGAUGAGUCCAAACUGAUCUGGGAAGCAGCAUCCAGAGUGCGGCAGAGUUUUCUGACCGGCAUCGUGGCAAUUAGGCAAAUUAGGAAACUGAGAUCUCAAAGUCACUGUUCCAAUCAGCUGACUUGCCACGAAAGAAAUACUUUACUGCCGCCUGUACCAGAGAUUACAUAUAUUUGUGUUAGGACAGCCUGCACUUAUUGGAAUAAGAGCUAUUGGACUCUCCAAAAUUUGUCCACCAUCUACAAGGCACAAGUCAGGAGUGUGAUGGAAUACUGAUGGACCCUUGUCACUAGUUUAUUGGACUAAUGAAUCUGAGUUGCAUGCUGGUUUCGGGAUAACUGAGUUAUCUUCGCUCUGCACAGAGAGUGAGAGAUAUGGACGUGAAAGGUGUGAAGGAAACUCUAUCCUGGCUUUAUUACCAAUACCUGCUUGUUACAUGCAGUUAUGUGCUGGAGCCCUGGGAACAAACCGUUUUCAAUUCUGUUUUGUUCAUCAUCAUGGCUAUGGUUCUAUAUACAGCCUAUGUCUUCAUUCCAAUUCACGUUCGUCUGGCACUGGAGUUCUUUUCUGGCCUAGCAGCAGGCCAACCUGAAAGCACAGUUGCCAUCAUGACUUAACCAAUAUUAAUUUUAAAUACAAAGACUUUUUUAAAAAAGGAAUAUUAUGUGAAUCUAAGCACCCUAUGACAACUUGGGCAUCGGUUUUGAGCUUACUUUCUGGCUGCAGUCUUAUUUCUUAUAUAUCUCAAUCACCUUGUGAUCCAAAUAAUGCAGUAAAUGACAUUCUAUAUAGAAAAGAAAGCAUGUAGUAGUUAAAGUUAUAAAUCCACAGACAUAAGCUAUCAAAAAUGUCACUCCAAUGCUAAAAUAACUUUAAAAAAAUAACAGCAACUGGGAGCAAUAGCCACGGGGGUCAAAUAUUUACUCAUCCAAUCUUGUGUUUGUCUAAAUUCAAUUUUGACAUCGUUCACACCCACAAGCUUCUCUAUUUGUGUUUAUGUUGACCUUUUAUUGUAAUGUUAUAGUGUCAUUUUAGUCUUUGUUUUGCAAAGAAACAAUUCAAUUUUCUAAGACCUAUUUCUGUAAGUGGCUCAUGACUUUGUCUCAAAAUCCACAAAUUGUAAAGGAUAAACAAAUGUCAAUUUAUGUGACAGCUCCAACAUAUCAGGCCAUAACAUGACAUAAAAGGUGACAUCUUGGUGCUAUAGCCAUGUUGUUGUUUGAUGUUAAAAUUCAGGGGUUGCUAUUUAAUGAUUCCAGCUACAUUUGAAGAAGAAUUAUUGAAAUGUACAAUCUAUGAAGGAGCCAUUUUUCUUGCAAUUGAAUUAAUUCAAUGCUAAGCUGAUUAUGAAGAAACUUAGAAUCAUUUCAAAAUAUCUUUAAAUUCUGUUUUACACCAAAGCAUGAAAUGUGCUUCCAUGUAUUAUACUCUAUGGCAUCAUAUUCAUGUUAUAGUAAAUGCUUAUGCUGCUGUCAGGCAAGGAUAUUGUAAAUGAAUACUUUGCUAAUAAACUGUGAGGCAGCUUGUCAUGUGAAAACCUAUGCAUCUCAAGUCUGCUUAAAGUAUUGUAGUAUUCUUUUUAUGCUGGUAAUAAUUAACCAAAUCAGCUCCAGUGGAAUAUUUGUUGCAAAGGCUAUAUGCCUAUUGUCCAGAUAAUGCAUUGUAAAUGAACAUUAACUUCUUUCCUAUCAUAUUAUUCAGGAAAAUUGAUGGUUUUACAUUAUGAUUUUUCAAUAAAGUUUGUUUAACUUA